AUGUUUAUCUUUAUUAAUUUCAGGGAAAUUGAGAAUGACUUGCAAUCAGCAAAUGGAUUAUCAUGCUGUAAAUGCAAGGAAAGCAAUGUUUGGCGUAUCAAAUUACGACAAUGCGCGCACUUUGUAUGUAUCGCUUGCAUUCUUAUGCAUCUCAAGUACUGGAUCGAAGAUGAAAGCAAACCCCGAAUCAAAUGUCCCAAAAGAACGUGUCCGAAAAGAAUUCAUGAAAAUGACAUAGACGCGGUUCUCGAUUCUGAUAACAACGAUUUAGACAUUUUUAUGCACAGAGUGGAGCGCGAGUAUUUACUGCAUCUACAUCGAAAACAUAGCAUUUAUUAUGCCUUCGGUGGUAUGGAUAUGGUACGCAGAUGCCCCCUCUGCAAGGCAAUUUACGCGCAGUACGACGGCUGUAAUUUUGUACAAUGUGUAAACGUACGGUGUAAGCAAAGAUUUUGUUGGAUUUGCAAUGAGCCCACUGAAUCCUUACAACAUUUUGCAGGUGGAGAAUGUAAACUUGGAUGGGAUGAUUUAUUCAAAAUUUGUUUUGUUUUAAAAUUUCUGGCAUUUACCGAGGGGUUUCUGUUAUUGAUUUUCAUGCCCCUUGUUAGCACUACUUUAAUUUAUUUUGGACCUUUAUUGGUACUUAUCACGUUUCCUUAUGAAAUAAUCAUGUUGAUUCGGAAACGUUUGCGUCAAGCACAUAAGUCACCGUGGGUAGUGACCAUCGUGGCUGUAUUACUUUAUCCAAUAAUGAUGAUAGCUGCAAUUCCUUUCGCCAUCGGCUCGCUAUUAUUUCUGAUUCCGAUGUCAUUGGCAUACUCGGCAAUAGCAUUCAUUAAAUGCAUUCCUGUGAGUUGUAAUGUUCUGUACAUGCUUGCUACGUUAGCAGGUUUCUUUGGCUUUGACGAUUGGCGAACCAUUUUACGAGAAAAUUACGAAGCAAAUCGUUUGCGUGAAAUAGAAAUUGACCAAGAGGAAGCAGAAUUAAGUGAAAGUUUGUUUUUAUAUGGAUUUAUAAGUUGA